AUUGGUGGAAUACUACAGGUGUUACUAACCACAUUUCGAAUGAUCUCAUGGUAACGAUUCCUCAGACUGCUGUUUUAUGGGCACAUACAAACGUGCAUGUCACUGACCUAUGAGAGGGAAGCGAGAACUACAUAUGGAUAAUAACGCUACCUAUUACCAUCAAAUCCAAGAUUAUAAACGUUUUGAGGUGCGUUUAAAUGAGCAUCGUGUGGUUGCAGUAUUAUAGCCGGCAAUACUGCAGUUUUAUUCAAAUAUUUCUGGUACGGCUAUGUAUUGCCGAUAUAGCUGCGUAAUAAUUGUCAAUUACAAAUAUUGCAAAUUGAAUUCACUUUUGUGUAAACAAAUUAGCAAACCGGUCAAAUAAAUUAAUACGCUAGCAGUAAUAUUUAAGUUCAAAUCAUCCACCAUCCUUAGAUGCAUGCAAGUUAACCAGUGUUAAGGAUAGAACAAUGUGUAUCUAUCAUCAUACAAAGACUGAACCUCUGAACUGAGCCUCUGAACACAUUGGUGAAAGAACCGACUCAACAUGAAUUGACUCUUCAAAUGCAUCAAACAUAAAGACUUUUUCAAAAUAUUUAGACAUUGAUACUGGUGUAAACAGAAUAUUCAAAAAAUUAGAGGAAUUUCGAAAAACAGACAAAAGAAAAAAUAUAUUGACAGAAGGAUUCUUUACUUCGCCUAGUUUAGAUGUAAAUUUUAUAUAAAAAUUUUGUAAAUUUUAUUAAAACAAAAAGCCUAAAUUCUCGUACUAAUUUAAUGAACUACUAACUAAUUACACACUUAAAAAUAUUGAAAAUAAUAUAAAAACCCUCCUCCCCGCUGUGCUGUAGGAGAAACAUAAUCUUUCAAAAUGUGUUCUCCUUGUGGCCCCAUGGUUUGCUACAAAUAUGAAGACUGUGGUCCUCCGCUGCAGUGUCUACCGCGAUCUGCGUUCAAGCGUAAUGGACUGCAAGAUUGCCAGUUCUUCCAGCAGGGCUCAAUACGGUACCUGUGCCGGGCAGACUGUUGCUGCUCCAGACCGUGUCCGCCAUGCUGUCCGCCGUGUGUGCGACGCCCACCACCCGGCAAGACCUACGUCACACGCUUCAGUGACUUCGACCUAAUAUCGCAGUGGUAGUGCUAGAAGGCUUUUCCGCGUCGUCGUCCUCCUCGUCGUCCUCUUGUCUCACAAGUUUCGAAAGGCAAACCUUUGAAUAAUGGUCCUGGCCAGCAAAUGGUGGAGGACGGCGAGCAAAAAAAAAGUGAAACGGAAAAUCAGUUGAAGCGAACCAAGAGUCGUGAGUUGCGUGGUGGCAUCAUGUACUACAGUUGUCAUUGCAUCAAGCGAAAUGGGCUCCAGCACGACUGUCGCCGCACUGGAUGUGGCGGCGAGCCCGCCUGUCUUGUCUUGCCCGACCCAUUGUGCGCGCCUAGCCAAUUGGCUCGUGCUCGUGGCCUCGCCGACCCCGCUGUUCUCGCAGCCCACACUAAUCCUCAAGGCAGUAGUGGCUCAGGUGGACCGACAAGCUCCAGUUCCCGUGGAAAACGUUUUAUUGUCUGCGAAUUGAAGGGUAUCAUUCCCGAUGCAGGUGUGGAUAGAAACGACGGGAAAUGCUGUAAGUGCCCAAAAAUAUUUGUACCUACCCAAGCCCCCAUAAGUAGUGGAAUGAAACCUCAUACAUGCAUAUGUACUGGUGGCGCAGCUGCAGCACCUAAAAUCGUUCCACCUACUGGUGAAAUGAAAUCUAAUUCAUGUAAAUGUACCUGUGAUAAGGGUGCUGCACCGAAACAUAAUGAACAAAUACAAGCCCCUUUUGCUGGAGUAAAACCGUAUGCAUGCAUUUGUCCCGGAGGUGUGGUUAAACCUUUACCAAUUCCGCCAAAUACUCCAACCACAUCUUCAUGUCCUUGCAAAUGUAAGUCUGGUUCUGGGUCACAAAAAAUGCAAUCGAUAUAUGACGUAGAUGAAAAUACACUUAACCAAAUAUUACAAAGGUUUGAAUCUAAAGAAUUGAAAGUAAAUGAUAAAAAGGUAGCAGGAUCGAGUGGUCGACAACGCGAUCGCGAUAUCACGAAAACUACUACUAAAGAAGAGUGUACUAGACCUGGGUGUGUACACUGGCAACCACCGCCGCCCUGCGUGUGGGACCUUCCGUGCAAAGCUGACUGUUUCGAGACUCCGGCUUCAGCGCAGCCGGGCCGCAACCCACUGAGUAGAGGUGGCGGUGGCUUUAUUAGUAGUGUGAAAGGACCCACUGGACGAGACUUGGUGUCACAAGGCACACAGAAACACCACAAUAUAAUGAAAAUCUUGACACCCGAAUGUUGUACAGGUUGCUCUGCGCCAAGAGACGGAGGCGCCAUGGCGAGUGGUGGCCCGGCAGUAGCUGGCUUGCCUAUGUUGGUGAUGAAGCUCUGCUGAACAAGCAUUGUUCCUAUUCUCACUGAUUUCCUGAAAGCUUAAGAAAAAGUGCAAAAUAAUCCGAAGGCAUUAAA